AUGACAAGUUCAAAUUAUUUUAAAAAUGAAAAGAAUAAUUGUGAAGAAGCAGUUGGCAAGUUGGGGGAGGAGAACUAUGAUAACGACGUCAUAGAAAUUAUAACUUUAAAUGAAAACGAGCCUCGGUGCAACAAAGUGUCAAGGUUUGAUAACCUUGGGGGCGUGCCUCCAGGAAAGAGCAACUACAACAUGCCAAUGGAGGGAUGCAGUGACAUUGAAAUUAUAGAGGACAUAAACUUUUACAACUAUGAGCAAAUAAAAUCGGCGAAGAUGAAAGAAUUCGAGGCGUCGAACAGGAGAGCCCAGUUGAUAAGGGAAAAAGGAGUUUUCUUUGAGUAUUAUUUAGGGUGUAUAGAAACGGACUCCAUAAUUCUGUCGAGCGAAAUAUGCGACGUAAAGAGUGACAAAGAUAUUGAGAUCAGCUAUGAAAUAACACCGAAAUCAACAAAGCGGUCAUAUUCUCCCAUGUAUAUGCUAAAGGUAAAUAAAAAUUACGUCAUGUCUAAUGAUUAUAUUAAAGUGAUAGGUAGAAAUAUUCCCACAAAUAAUAAAAAAGUAAAAAAGAAAAAAGUAUUAACAAAGAAAGGGAACAAUUCUCCAUUAUGCAAUGAACAAUAUUCAGAAGUUCAUAUGGACUCCAGUAAAAUUCUAUCCGCAAAUAAAAAGUUCAUAGAAUUUGAUAAAUGCAAAAGUGAAAUUUUAAAAGAUAUUAAGGAGGGGUACCCAUGUAUAAGAAUCAAGCAUCAUAAUAAUCGAGACAUCUCCAAAAUUAAAAGCAAUUUGUCCAAGACAUUAUGUGUACUCCUCGUUUUGAAUGCAAUAAGAAUUGAAAUUAUGUUAGAAAAAAUUUCCUUAUCUGACUUAAAAUUUGGGGGGAGCUUAAGAACUUUUAUUCAUGUCAUUUUAUACCCUGAUUCUUUUAAAAUUGACUCUCAUAAAUUUCAUGAGUAUAAUUCUUUAAUUAAAUGCAGUGUGGAUAAUUUAUUUAAGGAGCUUAGAAUCACACCACUACGAUUAGCAAAAAAUGUCGAUAUGGAUUCUUUUGAAAGUUCUCAUAUCAGGAUAAAUAAGGAAACCUUGUUGUCGUCUAAUAGUGUUCUUAAGAGCGACACAUCCGUGUAUGGCAAGAAGGACAAGGUGGGGGACAACUCCUCUGGUUUCAGCACCCCCUACAAGGCGCUGGGCGGCUCCAGGCGUUCUGUCCUAGACCCGGCCUCUCUAAGCGUAACCAAGGAGGAAGACGAAAUUGUGGACUCCCUCAGCGAAAACGAGAUGGAGGAAAACAACGAAGAUGCAACGAACAUGGUUUUUAUGGAGGAGAAAUAUCGAGGAGGGUACUUGCUAGACGAGUUCGAGGAAAUUCACCCGGACGAGUUUUACUUCAAACCUACGUUGAAAACGUACCAGGCGGAAGGAGUGUGGUGGAUGUACACCAAGGAAAACCCUCCAGAAUAUUUCAAAGAAAAAAUCAGAAAAAACGAGGACAUAAAAGAAAUCGUUAUUGAUGAAGUUGUCAAGGAUAAUCCUCAUUUUCAAGGCGUGGCAAAGAACCCCACGCAGGUGCUUUCUAUAAUACAUGAGAAGUUGUCCCCGGAGUUGGCUCUCACGCAGGGCGCUCUGUCUCAGUGUAAGAGCGAACCGAUGGACACACCGUCCCAACGCCAUGUGAAACUGAGCGACUUGGCCAUCAAGAGGGAGAAGGUCAAGUCGCGCGACCAAAGGGCAGACAACAGCGGCGAACAAAACGCCGCCGCCGCUGAUGAUGAUGAUGACGAUGAUGACGAGGACGACAUUCGGAACAAGCAGCCGCUUAACCCCCUGUGGGAAGAACACUCAUUCAUCCCCAACAUAAAAAUUUACGAGAAAGACAACUUGGUGUGCGUGCUAAAAUAUUUCUAUGUAAACAAAUUAACGGGGUGCUUUUCGCUAACGUACCCGCAGUAUGUGCCCCAAUUCAGGGGUGGCAUUUUAUCAGAUGAAAUGGGGUUGGGAAAAACUAUACAAAGCAUUGGAUUAAUAGCUCACGAUGUUUACCAGAACAAAUUGCAUUUACGAAAUGGUAAGAAGGAAAAUAAGAACAAUAUUAUUUGUUUGAUAGAAAAUACCAUCAAGGGAUGUAAUAUUAAAAAAGGGGGGACAUUAAUUAUUGCCCCAUUAGCACUGAUCUAUCAGUGGAAACAAGAAAUCGAGAAACACACCAAGGAGGGUUUCCUCACGUCCUACAUUUAUUACGGAACCUCCAAAGAUAUAACCAGCGAAGAGUUGUGUAAGUACACGGUCGUGCUGACCACCUAUUCAACCCUAGUCUCUGAGUAUAAAAAUACGCUAAGUAAGAAACGGCAGGAUGGUGAAGAUAAUACACAUGUGGGGGAGAAUGAUGAUAUUGGGAAGAGUAAGCGUGAGCAUGGGGACGUGGGAUGGACCAAGGGGAGUACAAAGGAAGAAAAAGGCAUCAGUUCGAAAGCGAGUCUACAAAGUGGAUCAUAUAAUGAGAUCCCCAAAAUAAACAACUUUUUCAAGAAGACUAUUCUGGGAACCAAGAUGGCGACGACGAAUAAUAGCAUGCUGAAAUCAAGUGACGAUAGGAAGAACACAAAAGGGGGAAGCCUGAAGAAAGAGUGUCCCUUGUAUAGAAUAACAUGGAGAAGAAUUAUAAUUGAUGAAGCACAUGUGAUAAAAAAUAAAAAUUCCAUUCAGUCCAUUGCAGUGUGGAAAUUACGAGGAGAAAGAAACUGGUGCUUGACGGGAACGCCUAUACAGAACUCCAUAUUUGACAUAUUCCCGCUGUUCCGAUUUUUAGGAAUAAAACCAUAUGGAACCAUUGAAUGGUGGAACAAAGAAAUUAUAGACUACGUGAACAAGAACAAAUUGAACUUAGCCUUGGAUGUAGUAAGGAAAAUAUCAUCCCCCAUUUUGUUGAGGAGAACAAAAAAGUCAAGGACAAAAAAUGGGGACUAUAUUAUAUCUCUUCCGAAAAAAAAUGUGCACCUCUUGAAGCUGAAAUUUUCAAUGGAGGAAGAAGAUUUUUACCGGGCCAUAUUUUACCGAAGCAAAACCAAAUUUGACACCUACAUGCAUGAUGGGAAUGUGUUAAGUCAUUAUUCCCACGUGCUGCAGUUGCUGCUGAGGCUAAGACAGUGCUGCUCGCACCCGCUUCUUUUGUUCUCUAAGCCUUUUUUCGAGGAAUGGAAUCGCGAGGACAUAAACAACGCGCUGCAGAAGAAGGACGACGAUGAGUGGACAGGGGGAAAGGAAGGACGAGGAAAUGAUGUUCUCCCCGCAAAUGGCAGCGCUGGCGAAGGCACUCCAUUUAGCAGUUCCUACCGUAAGGACAUAACAGAAGGGACAACGAAGCAGGGAAACGACCUCAUAUACAACUUCAUGCUAGGCGCGACGCAUUCAAAUGAACUGGACGAUGAGUACAUCCAAAUGAUAGAGCUGCUAAAAGGAGGAAACCCAAUUCAAUGCGUAAUCUGCUUGGAAGACGCUGUGUAUCCACUAAUUAGCAAAUGCAUGCAUAUCAUGUGCAAAAAAUGUGCAGACAAUUAUUUUCACUUAACCCAAAUAGCAGAAAAGAAAUGCCCACAGUGCAAUCAGUACAUAAGCUUAAAAUCGUUGAAAACGCUACAGGAGAAUAAGUCUCCUCUGGACGACCUGCUAAAAAAAAUGAAAAAGGAAAACUUCGUUUACUCCACAAAAUUGAAGCAAUUAUUUGAUCAUAUACAAAAUGACAUGCAAAACGAAUUGCACAUUGUUGUAUUUUCACAAUGGAUUGGAUUUCUUAAAAUUAUUCAAAAAUUAUUAACCCUACAUGAUAUUCCAAACAAAAUAUAUGACGGGUCUUUAACAUAUGAAGAGAGAAAAACUACUCUCCAUUGGUUUAAUGUACAAAAGGGGAAAGUGUAUCAGCCAGGAAUUGGAUUUACUGAACCUUCUUCUCCAACUGUUGUAGAAAAAUUUUCCGGGAAAGUUCUCCUAUGUUCGCUGAAAGCAGGUGGAGUCGGUCUCAACCUUACCGUUUCGUCCAAGGUGUACUUGAUGGACUUGUGGUGGAACCCUGCUGUUGAAGAUCAGGCCUUCGAGCGCGUACACAGAAUUGGACAGCUAAAGGACGUUAGCAUUUACAAGUUCGUUUUGGAAAAAACAGUGGAGGAAAGAAUUCUACAAAUACAUCAGAGCAAGCAGUACACGGCUAACCAAAUUUUAACUCAAGAGGGAAACAAAAUUAACUCAGAGAUGAAAUUCGCUCCGCAAAAAUUGGGCAUGGACGAUUUCAUCCUCAUGUUCAAAGAUUGGAAUGCGGAAGAGUAG